AUGUCAGACAUGGUGAACAAGGAGGAUUUGGAAGAAAGCCUGAAAAAGCUGCUUGUUCGGCUGAAGAACAAUUUAGAGGAGGUAAAGCAGUUGAGCACAAUAGUUCAGAUCACCCAGGAUCUUCUGUUCCUCGCGCACACAGACGAGUGCGAAGAGCUUUUUAAAGAAAAAGAUGUCCAUCAGCCAUUGACGCUCCUGCUGUCAUCAUGCAUGAACAGCACAUUUCAGCAGGUGGGAUGGUCCCUGCUGUGCCGGUUGAUGGAGAUCUGCCCCACCACCCUGGACAAACUGGUCCACCCGCUGCAAGCUGGAAAGGACUGGGGUGGUUUAGGCGUGCACCAACAGAUUCUGAACACGCUGACUUUGCAUCAAAAAGACCUAAAAGUCAUAAUGGUAGGGCUGCGAGCUCUAGCCUUGUUGCUGAAGUCAGAUGAAAUGACACUGCUGGUUCUAGAGGAGGAUGUGGAUGUGUUUGGGCUGGUGGUGGAGGCUAUGAAGGCUUUUCCUCACAGCGAGGAGCUCCAGCUCCAGGGCUGCUCUGCUCUCUGCCUCCUGCUGAAGAGAGUUCCCGAGGAACAUCAGGUGGAGUUUAUUGAGAAGAAGGAUCAUGCCGUGGUUCUGAAUGUGCUCAGUAGCUUUAAAGACAGUGAAAAUGUGGUGUUGUCUGCACUGCAGGUUCUUAUACCACUGACUGAGCCUGCAAGUAAUGUAGAGAUUCUGAUGUCCAAGACUGAAAAAUGCUACAGCUUCAUGUGUCAGGCAGUGGAGGCGUUCCCGCAGUCAGAGGCUGUACAGGAGGUGGGGUGCUGCCUGCUGCACAAAUGUACUUUAGGUGGGCAAAAGGCAGUCUCAGGAAUCAUAACAAAAGAAAGCUACUUUGAAGAUUUGGUGCUGAAUGGUGCGCACAGAGUGUUAAUGAAAGCAUGUCUCUCCUACCCUGACAAUGGCAAGAUCCAGGCUGCUGCACUCUCCUGUUUCUCUGCACUCACAAAGACAAUUCUGGAGAAUAAAGACCUCAAGAAGACAUGCAGUGAGGAUGAGGGUGACAGAGGCAAAGAAGAUGGUGAAGAUAGUAAUGAUAAAGAAAGCCUGAUUUGGAGAGAGGUUUGCUGCACGGCAUUAGAGCGACACACUGACAAUGCUGAUGUGCAGGAGGCUGCUUGCUGGGCAUUAAACAACUUGCUGCUCUAUGGCAGUAUACAAAAUAUAUAUGAGGAACCAAAAGAAAGGCCUCCUUUGUAUAUCCAGGUCAUGACUCUGAUACUGGUGCCCUCCUCAAGUUUUGGUGUGUUUCAGGCAGCUGCAUCAACAUUAGGCACCCUCGUGCGCAGACACAGUAAGAUGAGGUCUCGGCUUCUAGCCAGUGGCAUUCAUUACAACAUUGUGGAUCUGAUGAGGAAACAUGCCAACUCCAAUGAAGUGUGUGAAAGUGCCUGCAGGCUUCUAUACACGCUUUUUCAGGGAGGAACUGUGAGUCUAGACGAAGGGAACAUGGCUCUGGGUCAGAUUUUGACCGCCAUGAGGGAUCAUAACUUCCAGUCUGAGGUACAGCUGGAAGGGCUGAGAGCCAGUCUGGUGCUCCUUAACCCAGACCGCAGUUUGAGGGAGCAUGGUGUAUCCGUAGCAGAUCCAGACACAUCAGAUGUGUCUUUGAAAGUUUUAAAAAAUCAGUGUGUAAUAGAGGAAGCUCAUACUGUCUACCUUCAAGCCUUAAACAGGUUCAUCAGCAGUGAGGAUAUUCAGGAGUGUGGGCUUGCUGUUUUAUCUGCUCUGGCUGAUAGUUCUGGAGCUGUUGAUGUUAUGUGCCAGCAGGGUGCGAUAGACACAGUGCUGCACACAUUACAGAUGUUUCCUAAGAAAAGCAAGAUUCACUACUGGGGUCUGAGCCUUCUGUUUCAGCUCAUCUCAAAAAACAAGCUGUCACGUAUGAUGGAGCCCGUGUUGGUGUCGGUUCUUGUCGCCUCUGUGAGGCAGCAUCAGGGCAGUGAAGAAAUGAGGCUGAAAGGUUUUCAGGUUAUAUGGAAAUUAUUGGACAUCUACUCUGGAGCAGCAGCUGAUCUGGAGAAAGAAGGUUUUGAGAAAGACAUUUUCCAACAGUUGAGGGAAAGCACUUCUGCACAUAGAGAUGGUCUAAAGCUAAGCUGUCUGUGUCUGUCAAAGAUGGUGAUGGACAGUGAGAUCCAAUAUCGCAUGCUGGAGAGGGCAUGUGAGGAGGGUGACGUCGUCAUGGCCGAGUGUCUUAUACAGCUGGGAACUGAUGUUAAUAAAAAAACCAAGACAGAGUCUCUCAUAUAUCAGGUAUGUGAGAAUGGCGGGCCACUGGCUCUGGUCGAGGUGCUGGUCAGUAGUGGUGUACAUGAGCAGCAGUUGCGUGGGGCUCUGAGUGUGUGUGUGAAGAGGAGAGACGGUCCUCUAGUCAUCCUCCUGUUGGCACGUCUUGGUCUGGACCACACCAGCAGCGCCCUCUGCUUGGGAGGCUUCAGGCUUGGCUAUCUUGAGGCUGCAUGGCUUAAUGCACUUCUCUCUGAGCACAGAGUUCCCCCUACUGCAAAAAAGAGGAACAGUAAAGGGAAAUGGCUGGCAAAACAAAUAAAGUCCAUGCAGAAGAAGCGGAGUCCAAUUGGUAUUUUGGUGUCACAGAACACUACAGAAUAUUUCUCUGAUGAUGAGAGUGAUGAGUCUUUUUACACCUCUCUGGAUGACAGUGUGUUUUCAGCAUUUGAAGACAUCGAAAGUGAUGGAAGUGAUAGUCCUGCUUCAGGGAGGAUGUACUGUGAUUCACCAGAUGAAUUGAGAGGGCUCUCUAAAAUGAGACAGCAGAUGCGAUCUAGAUGUGCCAUUUCAGAGAAAAGCAAUGGUGACCCCGAUCUCAAGGAUUCCUUUAAAAAGAGACUUUCAGGCAGGCAGGGCCAGAUCCAAAGAGGACUGCUGUUUUCUGAGAGUUCUUCUCCUAGGGGAUCACUGGCAAAUGUGGACAGAGAUCAUAUCAAACUUCUGGAUCUAUCAGGCAAUGAGCUAAUCUCUCUCUCAUGCUUGAUGGAUGAUACUGUCCAACAACAGCUAGAGCAUUUACUACGCCUGAAUUUGAACAACAACAGCCUAGCUGAAUUUCCCAGUGGUCUCUGUCAGAGUUUGAAAAGUCUGACUAGGUUAGAUCUUCAAGACAACCAUUUGCCAUCCCUUCCUGCUGAACUGUUGAGCCUACCAUCAUUAAGCAUGCUGAAUGUGUCACACAAUGAUCUCGGUCCUGAGCUUUGUUUGGACCUACGUGUUUGCUGCCCCUCGCUCUGCCAGCUGAACCUUUCUUUCAACCGCAUUACUGUUUUUCCAUACAAACUCACCCAAACCAUGGAAAAACUUGAAGAACUCUCACUGGAGGGGAAUCAAAUCUCAGAACUCUCCCUUCCGCUCUGUCUUCCUGAAAUCAAGGUGUUUGAUGUUUCAAAGAAUAAAUUAACAAUAAUCUCUGAUGAUUUAUUGUCUGCAUGCUCCAAGCUGGAAACUUUCAAUGCCUCAAUUAACCAGCUUAGUUGUUUAUUACAACUUCCUUCUAAAAUAAGAACCCUGAAAUUAUCCCAGAACAACUUUGAAAGUGUUCCUGAAACAGUUAUCAAUCUUCCAAAUUUGCAGUCACUGGACAUGAGGAGUAACAGUAUCAGGGUUCUGCCAGGUCCAGCUGCGUGGACUAGUGCUAAUUUAAGAGAAUUGAUAUUCAGCGAAAACCAGAUCUCUGUGCUGGACCUCAAAGAACCUGUAUAUAAGUGGACCCAUCUCGAGAAACUGCAUCUGAGUGAUAACCAGCUCACUGAGCUUCCUCCUCAGAUCGGGCUGCUGGAAGAGUUGACCUCUCUGGAUGUCAAUGGUAACUGUGGUCUGCGCUCUUUUCCUGAUGAGAUAGGUAAGCUAGUUCGGCUGUGGGAUUUGCCCUUGGACAGACUGCAGCUUCAGCUGGACCUCAAACACAUCGGUAACAAGACCAAAGACAUUGUCAGACACUUUCAGCAUCGUUUGAAAAAGGCUGUUCCAUAUUUCCGGAUGAAGUUAAUAGUGGUAGGGAAUACAGGCAGUGGGAAGACCACUCUGAUCCAGCAGCUGAUGAAACUUAAGCGUUCUUCAUGGUUCUUUGGCACUCAUUCUUCGAUCUUCACUGUGAUAGACUGGCACAUCAGAGACCGUGAUAGAAAAAAAAUGGUCUUGAAUGUUUGGGAGGUCUCAGGGGGAGAGGAGAACAGUGGCUCUAAUUCUCAAUUCAUGAGCUCUAGAGCGCUCUACUUGGUGCUGUAUGACCUGAGUAAAGGAGCUGGUGAACUGGACACUAUCAGAGAUUGGCUCUUCAAUAUCAAAGAACUUGCCCCUGUCGCUCCUGUGAUUAUAGUUGGCACUCAUUUGGACAUAUGUGAAAAUGGCCAAGUACAGGAAUGUGCUUUUAAGAUUCAGGAGGAAAUUUUGUCCCAGCCGCUUUUCCUCAACAUUAGGGAGCGCUACAUGCUGUGUGCCUGUGAGGAGUCGGACUCUAUCAUCAGACUGCGGAAGGCCAUUGCCAGAGAGGCCAGUAGCUUUAAGAUCCAGGGACAGCCAGUGAUGGGGCAGCUGGUUCCGGAUUGUUAUGUUGAGCUGGAGAAGAGAAUUCUGAAGGAGCGGAAUCAUGUACCUGUUGAGUUUCCUGUCCUCAGACACCAACGCCUCCUGCAGCUCAUUAAGGAGAGCCAGCUACUGCUGGAGGAGGGAGAACUUGCUCAUGCAGUUCGCUUCCUCAGUGAGACUGGUGUGCUGCUGCACUUUGAUGACCCGGCAUUGCAACUCAAAGACUUAUAUUUUAUUUAUCCCCAGUGGCUCUGCAAAACCAUCUCACAGCUUCUGACUCAGAAGAGUCUGUGCAAGAGCUCUAGAGGGGUGAUGCAGCGCUCAACUGUGGAAACAUUUCUUAGUGAGAGCUGCUGCUUCCCAAAAGAUCACCUCGUUCACUACUUCAGACUGUUGGAGAAGUUCCAAAUCGCCAUGCCCUUGGGCGACGAGCAGCUCCUGGUGUACGGCAGCUUGACUGAUCAAAAGCCAAUGAUUGAGAUUCCUCACUGUGAGAAUUCAGAGAUCAUUGUAAGGGUCUUUGAGAUGCCUUAUUUUCCCAUGGGCUUCUGGUCCAGAUUGAUCAGUCGGCUACUGGAGGUUUCCUCUUUCAUGCUCCAGGGUAGAAAGAACGCUUUGAGGCCAAAUCGAAUUUACUGGAAGACAGGGGUAUACCUGAACUGGUCUGCUGAGGCAUACUACCUAGUGGAAGCCUUUUCAGAUGUGAACAGCUCUGCAAGCUUUGUUAGGAUAACUGUGCCUUGUUCCCGUAAAGGUCAUGUGUUGUUAGGCCAGGUGGUUGAUCAUAUUGACUCUGUGCUGGAGGAAUGGUUUCCUGGCCUCCUCAACACCGAUGUACAAGGGGACGGAGAGACAUUGCUAAAGAGAUGGGCAUUAUACAGCUUUGAUGACACAGAGGACUGGAACAAGAUGCUGCUACAGGACCUUCUUAAACACACUAAUAAAGAUGGUCUCUUAGUGAGCCCAGAGAACCCUCACUGUACAAUCCCCACCUCCCAGAUCUGCCCUGACUUGCUGCUGAGUGAUCAACCAGCUAGUAUCAUGUUGGACCCAGAGGAGCUAGAAAUGGAUCUCUCCAAAGAGUACUUGCUUGGAAAUGGAGGUUUUGGCUCAGUGUACAGAGCAGUAUACAAAAAUGAAGAUGUCGCUGUUAAGAUUUUUAACCAACAUGCAUCUGAACUUUAUGUCCAUAGAUUAAUAAGACAGGAGUUGGCUGUAUUAGGCAGACUGCACCAUCCCAGUCUUGUGGAACUUUUGGCUGCAGGAAGCUCCCCCCAUCUGCUGGUGAUAGAACUGGCACCCUGCGGUUCUCUCGACUCAUUGUUUGAACAUGAGAACUGCAGCCUUAAUCGCAAACUGCAGCACAGGAUUGCACUACAGGUGGCUGAUGGUCUCAGAUAUUUGCACUCUUCUAUGAUAAUCUACCGGGACCUGAAACCUCACAAUGUGUUGUUGUUCAGUCUUAAGACUGACUCAGAGAUGAUAGCUAAGCUCACAGAUUAUGGAAUCGCUCAGUACUGCUGCAGUAUGGGUGUCAAGAGCUCUGAAGGCACUCCAGGCUUCAGAGCACCAGAGGUUGCCCGUGGUAAUGUAAUUUAUAACGUUCAAGCAGAUGUGUAUUCAUUUGGUCUGCUGCUAUAUGACCUUUUGACCUGUGGAGAGAGAAUAUCAGAUGGUCUAAAGUUCCCCAGUGAGUUUGAUGAAAUAGCUGUUCAGGGAAAGCUACUCGACCCAGUGAAACACUACAGAUGUUCACCUUGGCCAGGCUUUCAGAACCUAAUGAAGGAGUGUCUGAGAGAGGACCCAGGGAGCAGACCCACAUCUGCAAAGGUGUUUGACUGUCUGAACUCAGGAAAGAUGUUGUGUUUGAUUAGUGAGCUGACCCUACCUGGGCUCUCCUGUGAGUGUUUCACUGCCACUGGUUCCAGCAGAGGUUUGGCUGGAAGUGUAAAUAGUGGCGCUGGAGCUCAAAUAUGGAUUGGUGGUGGAAGUAGCAGCCAGAAGCGUGGCUUUGUCACAGGUGUGGAUGUAGAGACAGAGAAACGAUCUAUGCAGGAGAUAGACAAAAGCCCCGUCCUCUGCCUGGUGACUGUCAAAGUGCCUGGCGAGGUCCACGACUGGUUAGUUGCAGGAACGCAGAGUGGCUCUCUGGUGGUUAUGGACACAAGAAACACAACAGUUUUGCACUGUUUACAGAGUGCAAAGGAUGCAGUAACCUCACUGUACUUUCACAAACCUUUUCAAUGCAGCUGCUUAAAGAACUACCUGUUAGUGGGAACAGCAAACGGAAUGCUUAUUAUCUAUGAAGAUUCAGUUCUCAAGUGUGCUGAUGGUGCUCCAGUUAAGCUUGUGCAGGUUGGGAAUGCGAACACACCCCUCAUGUGUCUGGCUCCAUCUGGCUACUAUCAGGAUCACACCACUCUGUGGGCUGGCUGUGGCACCAGGGUGCUCUCUCUAACUGUGGACUAUGACAUCUCUAAGAGUAUAGACACCAGAUCCACAUUGCAUUAUCAGCGGCGUCCUUCCAGCAGUGAGGCAUGUAUCUCUCGGCUGGUCGUUGACAAGUAUGUGUACCUGAGCAAAAAUAGAGGACACAGUGUGGAGGUGUGGGAUAAGAAGAGUGGGAAGAUGAUUGACUUCAUUGACUGUGUGCAGUUACUCAGGAAGGCCAAAGCAGUGAGUGCUGACAGUUCCAAAGAAAUGGAGUCUUUGUGGGCUCAUGUGAAGGCUCUGCUGGUUCAGCCUAAUGGCACUUUAUGGAUAGGAACUGGAUCUGGACACAUCCUGCUGGUGGAUCUCGCUACAUGUCAGCUACUGCAGGUUAUCAGCACUGACUGCCAGUCAGUGCGUACUAUGGCCUCAGUGCUGAUUGGAACCCAAGGCCAAAAAAGUAGGAUUCUGAUGUUGGGAAGACGUGUUCACGUGUCUCAAGAGAAGAUCAAAUCUCAGUCAAACAAGGAUGCUGUGUUGAUGAUAUGGAGUAGUACCCUGCCUCAGGAAAUAAAAGAUCUGAACAGGCACUGUGAGUUGCGAGAGCAGAUUGCAUUCAAAAUUCAAGAAGAGGCCUGUGAUUGAACUUUAUUUUCACAUCUGCUAAACGUAUUACUAGGGUAAUUUACCACGUUAUUGUUCACCAAUUGUGAAUUUGAGUAAUUUUAUUUUUAAAGGAAAGGAAGACUCAUAUGUGAAUUACUUGUUUAAAAUGCUGCACGUUGAAGGGAAAGCUCUUUGUACACUAAUUUUUAUUUUUAUUUUGUUUAGCCAACAUAUAAAAGCUAAAUUGUCUCUUUUGCAUGAUAUUUUAUAAUGUUCAUUUAGAACAUUUAAACUGGUAUCUACAUAUGCAUGAUUUUACAUUGUUCUUGUAAACGUAUUUUAAAAUCUCAUUGAUCAGGUUGCUGGAGAAUUGUGACAGUGGUUAUAGAAUAGUCAAGCUGUCAUGAAAUAUUUGAUAACUUAUAUAUAUCUUAAGCUUGUGAUUCCAUUCUAAACUAUGGUGUCUUUAAGAAUGGUAUGAACGUAGGAAAUAUGGUCUAAAGAAUUACAGCAGUAUAUGACUGAAACAUCUAUGUUACUGUAAUGUUUAUGGUGCAUUAUAAUGUUUGUUGCCUUGAGUAAAGGCUAUAUAUUUAUAUACAAACACUAUAAUAUACAUUUAAACAAAAUACUAUAUAUAUUAUAUUUAAAAGUAUAUCAUGUAUGUAAUACUUAAUGUCUAUCAAAAUGUUUUGCUCCAAUGUGCUGAUAACUUUAUUGCAUCCUCCUCCUACAUCUCUAAGGGUCCCUCAAGGGUUUUUUGCUCCCUAAACUUAGGACUCUGUGAUAAGGGAGCUCUGUUGUAUGGGGUUGCAUAGUACCUUUUAAGAAGUCACCCAGUGGGACAAGCCCAAGCCUCUCUACACACACUUUUUUUAAGAUUGUAGAGAUUUGCUUACACUUUGGCACAAAUAAUUUCACAAAGGGAUUGUAACUAGACCUGCGUGUUAAAUAACCAAAAAAGACAAAGAUGGAGAAUUUAGAGUCCUGAACUCUGUAUUGAAUUAUUGAAUGUACUGUACUGUUUUUUUUUUUUUUUACUUAAAUAUGAAUGUGCAUGCCACCCAGGUUUGUACUGCUAUUGUUUUGUUAAGAAAAAAAACUUUUAUUUUUGUCAUAAAUGAUAUUCCUCUUCUA